CGUCUCUGCUCUUCGAUAUUCUUUUCUCUCCUCUCUUCUGCAACAAUUCUCCAUUUCAGCUGAAGCAUUAGAGUUAAGAGGAGAAAAAAGAGGCGAAUAGUCAGAGGGGAUAAAUGAAGUUUCUUUCGGCGAAAGGAUGAUUAGCUGUUUGAAUAGGAAGCUUGGGACUUUGUGCUCUAAACCACCAGUUCUCUAACUCUUCUUUAUGUGGAUGUUAAAAAAAUUGUUGUUGCCAUGGAGCUUUUGGAUGGACUAUUUAUUUCUCAACUGUGGAUGUUAAAUUAUGGAGUGAAAAAAAAAGAUAAUAGUUAGGGGACAAAUGAAGUUUCUUGCAAAAGAACAUUAAUAUCUUGAGAUAAUUUCGUUUUUGGUUACUAUAGUUUGAAGGAACUUUAGUUCUAAACCACAAUUUCUACCCUCUAUUGGCGUCUCUGGGUAUUUUUAUCGAGGAGUACGUCCAGUCAUGGGUGAUUUUAGUAUCCAGAUCAGCAGCAACCUGGUUAAUAGCCUUGCCGGUGAGGCUGAGGAGUCGAAGAAGAAGACUAAAAGAACGAGAACUAAGCUACCGCAGGAGCCUCAACCACAACUACCCCAAGCUAAAACGAAUCAAAAGCAGGUUUCUGAUGAUCUUGCAAAACACAAGGGGCCGGCUGCUACAGGAUGGCCGCUUCCGCCUCCGGUGUUGUUGCCGGUAACUCCUCCGGCUCAGUCAGACAAUGCAGAAUUAGAAGCAACCCAAGCGGUCCUUCAAGAGAGUGAGAGGGCUGUGGAGAAGUUGCAGAAGCAGGAAGAGAACAUGGUCGAGGAGCUAACACAAAGAGCAAAGGAGCUUCGUGAUAAGGAGUUCAAGCUUCCCUACCAGAAGCCUUUGCCCUGUGUUGCUGAGAACGAGGCUUGCCUGGCUUGCUACAAGGAGCAUCUCAAGGAUCCCCUGAAAUGCGCUGAUCUUGUUCGAAAUUUUGCAGAUUGCGCUCGAAGAGCCAGGCAGCAAGUGAGCUCGGCCCGGUAGUGGUUUACUUUUUUAUUUUUAGACAGAAAAUUUUGGUUUACAAACUGACUGCAAGCUGUUUUUACAAAAUAGUUGUUAUUGUCUAACAUAAAUGUCUAUUAGCACAUACACGUAAUUUUUUGGUCACUUCUA